UAGGUUUUGGUCUAAAAUCUAUAUAUCAAAACCUUUUAUUUAUAAAAUUUAUCAAUUGAUUAAUCACUGGAGUUGAACUAAAAAACUAUAAAUAAAACCGAAAUCGUGAAUACAUUUUCGUAAUUAAAAAGGUUAAACCCUGGAGUAAUAGCAUGAAAACGACCAAUAUUAAUCAAAUAAAAGAACAUCUUCACUGGUGUUAGUUGUUAAAUUAAAAUAUAGGAGAAAAUGUUGAAAUGUUAAUUAAACAACAAGAGAAGCAAACUUUAUAACAAGGCUGUGCGAAAUUCGACAGUAGGAAACCCCAAAAAGUUAUUGUUUCAUAUUAUAUUAUCGGAGGAAUAAUGAAAAAUCAUCAGAAAACGUAAAAAAAAGGUGAAGAGAUGUGAAAAAUAACAAAAUAUUUUCCUUACACCGAUGGAUAAUUCACUAACACACAUACAAAUACAAAGUGUUGAACAAGCCUUCGAUAUAAAGAAAAAAGUACAAGUACAGUUGCAAACACCGCGACGGCAAGAACUUAAAACUGACCCAUUACCCCGUCAGCAGCUUUCUAAGCGAACCAAAUUGAUUCGAUCCACAGUAAGUGUUGGCAAUACAUUUUCGGCCGCAUUAAACUUACAAACAGUGAAUUCAAUAAAAAAAUUAGGUCCAGCCCCGCUGCAAAUGCAAAAACGAGGACACCUUCAAUAGCAUCAACCGCAGUUGAGGUUGGCAAAAGCGAUGUUCAGUGUAUGAGGGACGACAGUGUGGACGUAAUGGGCGGUGGUUUCACUUCCGCUUUAGCAAUCGUACAUUUGCAGCAACAACAAAGUGUUGUUGAAAACGAAAUACACGUCAGCGCAGUGCCCAUAAUAGGGAAAAACAACAAACCAAUUUCCGUGGACAGAAAAAUAAAAAAGUCAACGCAAAUGCAGGAAAAAUUAUUGGACAAUAUACAAACGGAAAAUGAAGACCAAAACAUUGAAAAGGCUUUCAACAUAAACAACACAAGGAAGGGAAACAAACAAUCUACAGCAACGGUUAAAACCACAUACGCCCGUCCAAGUUCUACUUCGGGGAAUAAUAAAGCAUCCAAAGAAUCAUGUGGAAACUUUGCCGAAAAGUUAAGACGUUCAUUCCGACGCGGUGAACAUAAAUCACUUGAGAUUAAACCACCUGAGCACAGAUUAGAGAGCCUUGGCGGUACAAAUCACAGAGAAAAACAGUACUCUCCGGACGAUAAAAUUAGUAGCUGUAAUAGUCUCAUUGACAGUGGCGACGUAAACAAUUUUAAUUCAAAGCCCUUCGGCAUUAGAUCAUUGCCUCCACUACAGCGCAAUUCCCAUUCUAUAUUCUCUCUUUCUCACCUGCCAAGUCUGGGUGUCGGUGGGAGUGUCGAGUUGAGUGGCGGCACUAAAAACAGUGUGUACAGUACGACUGGUGGGGGACAUAUCAAUCCGGCACUACUUUUGGACAGUCCAGAUGCCGAUACACCACCGGAAUAUGCAUACCAUCACCUAAGUAGUGUGGCGACGACGAACUCGAGUACCUCUUUGGAAAGCAACUCGGGCGACAUCGGCGAACGCACUUCGUCUUUAACCAGCAUAAGUUAUUGGGCGUGGCAUCAAUCCAACUCCUCUAUGGGUGGUGAGAUAAGCACCAAUAGCAACAAUGGUGUGUCAGGAGCAGGUAGUUCGGGACGAACGGUGGGCGAAUUUGGCCAAUCAGCGAAACAGCAUAAACAAAAGCAAAAGCUAAAAUCACAAAGCGAUAGUAAAAGUGAUAUUCAACAACAACAAGCGAGUCGUAGUUGUAGCAUUACCAGCGAGAGCAGUUCAACGAAACUUACCCGUCUUCAAAACAUUCUUUUUAAGUCAAGUAAUGAAAGCACCAAAAGUCUUCAUGCGCACUCCAAUGAGGGAUUUACGGCUUCGUCCCAUAAUUCUUCUUCAGGUGAAUGGGAGAAUUUGGGCUUCUCAACAACUAGCGGCAGUUGUAGUCAUGUGGGCGCCGAUUUUUUUGUCGGCAGUUUUCCAGAAGAAUCCGAUGAUAUUGACAAUGUGUUUACGGUAGCACAAUCUGCGGAGAACAAACCAGUUAACACAUCAAGACCAGUAUUAAAACGUGCUGACUCAAGUGAAACAGCAGGAUCGUAUUAUCAAUAUACGCUAACCUCGCCGAAUAAUCCCUUUUUACCCGAAAUUAUUGCGCGCACAUAUCACAGCGGCUAUGACGAGAAGAACAAGCCGCUCGAAGAUAAUGUGACCAACGUUAAGUAUGGUGCGGGGGGAGACCAAAGUGCGGCUGAAAUCGAUGGCAGAGGCUCACAUUCGGCUCAACUACCAACGCCUGUUUAUAGUCGGGCAGGUUCUCAAGAGUCCACAUAUAGUGAGAGCGCUGUUUCUGCAAUAGCCACAGUGAAAAGUUGUACUCCUGCACCGCUAUCUUCUAGUCCUAUUAAUAGUUCAUCAUCAACUCCGGGUCGACAGCGCCGCAAGCUCUUCAUUUUGAAUUCACCCACACGACACUUGCUGCAUCAACAGUCAUCUCACAAACAGCAACAACAACAACAAGUCACUACUCCAGAAACAUCUCUCCGUAAAUCUAUAACGUGUACUUCCGCUACCGACAGCAAUGUUCUAAAGAGUCUUAAUCCUUUUCUUCCAAUUGCGAGUACUGUUGAAGGUAUCAGCAAAAUCAACAACACAGUCACAACGACCACAUCAACGAUUUCAAAAACACCGGUCUCUACAACGUACAGUACAACGAAGCGUGCGCCACUAAAGCAAUCAGCCGUAACAUCUCCCAUCACCAUGCCGCAGGACUUGAAUUCAAAACGCGAGGAAUUCUUACGUGCUACCAUGAAGAUUUGCUUAGUAGUCUCUCCGCCAAAUACCAAAUUGCAGUUGAAAUCGAAAAGUCUAACACACUUAGAUGGCCUCGACCCGAUGGCAGCAUGUCAUCGUGGUAUUCCCGUUAGCAUAACACCGAAUAUGAGCCACACCGAAGUUUGCACAAAUUCAGCCAAUUCAACAAUUCAAACCUUUCAACAGCUUUAUCCAGAUCAAUACACAGGUGGGGUGUUGAACUCUUCUUCAACAACAACAAAUAUAACUAGCGAAGAAACAUCAACUCCAUCAGGCAACAGGUCUGUGACGAGUUAUAAGAAAAUAUCUCCAUUUCUACAGCGUAAAAAGCCACUGCUAAUACGCAGUGAGGUCACGAGUUCGGAAUAUUUUUCAGUGAGCUUUUGUACAAAUCAAGGUGGUCUAGAGGAGGAAUUCAUACCAGCGACCAAAGGUGUAACUCUAUACUCCGCGCUAAGUCAAGCCCUAAAACGACGCAAUUUGACAUUCUCACAAAUCGCCAUUAAUGAUAAUAAACCACCUAAUAAUUUUUUAGAAACUGGGUACACACCAUUAGCUAGUUCUUUGGAUGAAAAUACUGAUGUAGAAAAUUUAGCUGGACAUCAUUUGACCGUAACUGAAUGCGACGAUAGUCGAAAAACUUUACAAAAGGCCGCAUCAUUUGGUUCCCGAACUCGUCCACCGCGAUUACUCUCCUCCGCCUCUACAGAAGAGGCUACCGAAACUGCUGUUCCAGGAAAACAACUCAAACAACGCUGGUCCGGUUUGUUCGGUAUUAAAAAUCCACAACAGAGUCAAUUAUGUGAACUGCUUAAUAGUUACGCAAAGAAUGGUGUACCACAAAAGCGAGCAUCAGUAAACUUCGACCAUCCGGAUUUUGAUGCGGCCCUAGAGUAUUUGGAUAACAUGCACAAAUCGUGGAAGGAUAUUGCCACUAGCACAGCUAUGAAUGACAACGAAAUGAGAAUACAAACAGCAAUUUGGGAGUUAGUUACCACCGAAGUAUACUACAUUCACGCACUCCAAACAGUUACAGAUUUGUUUUUGGCAUGUUUGGAAGCUAUACAAUUAGAGCGACUUCUCACCGAUGUAGAUCAACAUCGGCUCUUUUCGAAUGUACGUGAUAUAUGUGAAGCAAAUCUUAAGUUUUGGACCCUUUAUCUUUACCCUAUGGUGGCGCACAGUGUCGCCACUGGUGAGCCUCUUAGUAUUGCGUUCUUCCACCAGGGCUUUCUUGCUUUCGCCUCCAUCUUCGCACCAUACAAAAAGUACUGUGCAGAACAGAGUACUUGUCAGUUUUAUUGCAAGGAGCUUAAUCGUAAUAAUGCCCUUUUUACAUCGUAUUUGGCAUGGUGUGAGUCUCAAAAGCUGUGUAACCGACUCCGAUUGGCUGACAUUUUAGUGCGACCAAUGCAGCGAUUGACCAAGUACAGUCUACUUUUGGCAGCGAUUAAGAAACACAUGUUAGAUGUGGAGCAGAUCGAGUCAGUCGAUUCAAUGAUACAUUCAGUGGAGAAUUUUGUAUUUAGUGUGAAUAACCACUUGACGACGCGACAGGAAAAUGAACGUUUGAAAGGUGUUAUGGCGCGCAUUGAAUCUUAUGAUGUAGUGGACACAAACAACGAGCAUCUGGACAAAAUGAUAAAACAACAUAGUAAAAUGUUUGACUUGUGCGCACCAAUGAAGGGAUGUCCGACCCAUCAAGUACGACAUCUCUUUAUGGAAGGUGAUCAUAAAUUCAAAGACAACCUUGGCAAGGCCGAUGUGCAUUGCUUUUUGUUAACGGAUAUGCUGCUCGUUUGCAAAACGAUCGCAAAACGUGGUCUCGGUUCGCUCAAAGUGAUUCGUCAACCGUACUUAACAGAUAGGCUUGUUGUACAACAAAGCAAUAAUAUUUUAAAUUGUAUCUACCUCAAUGAAUUUCAAGUGGUCGUUACUGCAUUCACUCUACAAUGUUCAGAGGCAAAGAACUGGUAUGAGUCUUUAAAGCGCGCUAAAAUGAUUUACACCAGACUGAAGCAAGGUACAGGCAAUUGGGACAAUUUCCGUUUUGGUGGAGGGAGUGGAGUAAGUAGUGGCACAGUGGACGCACUGGGAGUAAAAAGGUCGCCAAUGAAUUCAUCAAUAUGCAGUCAUGUAUCUAGUGCGAAUAAUAGUCAUAGCGGCUCAGUGGAAUGGAAUGAUUCGCGCAAUAUAUCAGUGGACUUUGAAAAGGCCAAUUCCUUAUCCAGUGAUGAUGGUUCCAUGGGCAAAAAUUUGCAACCCGGCCCUCUCAAACUCAAAGUUAACACUGCAACGGCAAAUACACUUUCCGUACAGCCACUUAAUCAUCUGGGACAAAGCCUGCCGAACCUAAAUCUUAACCAAAGCCACACUACGCUCGACAGUAAUUUAUAUUAUACUUAUAGUAAUAAUACACUGCUGGUACCUGGCACAACAACAAGUCAUUCGGGAAAUUUGUUGCUAUCGCCUAGUCAUAGAGGCAUUUCUUAUCCACCACCUAGUCCAACAAGAGUUCCACUGCGUCGUGGUAUGGCCUUUUCCACCUCCACCAAAAAUCCGCCACUAGUCAAAACUCGCAAUAUUACAUCACAGAAUAGCAUCAACUGGUCACAGCUGCAGUCAACAUCACCAAGCUUACAACAGCGACAUAAAGUAGCAAGUAACGCAUCGAACUCCGUGCUGUCAUUGCCUCUUAGUGGAGCGCAGCUUACUCAAAAUAAAAGUCAUGGAAUUAGCGAGAGUACAACCAUUGCAGGACCUGAAACUAAGACAAUUCAACUAUCCAAUGACAAUUUGAUAGAUGGAACUUGCCAACAACAACAGCAUCCUCAACAAAUGCCUACCUGUAACGAAACCGAUGUUUGAUUUGUUUGCAAUCAAAUGCCAGCAAACCCAAUCAUUACAAUAUCUAUUUAAUAUUUGAAAGAUUACAAAACAAAAUGUAUUGCUGUCGCGAAUAUUCAGAAGAGGAGAAUCGUUUGGCUUUAUUUACCAACCAAGCAUAGAGGCAUGCACUCCUACAAUAUGUAUGUACUCGUAUAUACAUAUGUAUGUAUGUACAUACAUAUGCAGAAACAUUAGUGACAUUAAUUGUAUUAUCGUAAAUACAAACUACCUUACCAGUUUAUCCACGUAUGUACAAUAGUAUUUUAUAAAUUUUAAAUCGUGCGGAAGUAUCAUACCAACCAAAAACUAAAUAUAAAUUAAAUAAAAGGUUACAUUAUUGUUAAAGAAAGCUUUGUAUACAAGAAAUACUGUAGGAAACACAAUGUAUAUUAUAGAAUAUUAUUUUUGACAAAAAGCCUAACAUUUUAAUGAUAAAUAUGAAAGCAAAUAGGGAUUAGCAAAACACUAGGGAAUAUUUAUUAGUAUUUACAUAUGUAGUGAAAAUCAAUCUGUAUUUAAAUAAAGUAAAAUAUAUUAUUAUAAUAAUUUACAAGUAAUGUAGUAAUAGUUUGGAGAAAUUCAGAACAAAUGAACGCAACGCUAAAAAUCAAAAUAAUAAACAAUUGAAAGAAAGUAAAUUACAGACAUACAUCCAUAUUUUAACAAUAACAAGUAUGCAACGAUUUUUUAAAUUUUAAAUUAAAAAAUAUGUAAGUUCAUAUUAAUAAUAGAAGAUAAAAUAAUUGGAGGAAAUACCUAUGUAGCGAAGUAAGCUCCACUUUUUGUCAAGAAAUGUACAGCUGUACAUACACUCGUGUAUCCCCAAAAAAAUAUGGAUAUGUAUAUUUGGUUGUUGAGCUGGUAAAGAGUUAUUGCAGUUAAGCUAUAGUAUACGUACAAUAUGAAAAAUAUAUAUCGUAACGGCGUUAAAUGCCUGAAUAACGAACCUGUACUUAUAUAAAGUCUCCUUUCACUUGUGUCCUUCCACAAGCCUACAGCUGUGAACCUAGAUCUAUAUUCAGUGUAUUUUAUAUAUAUUUUUUACAAACUGUAAUAUCUUAUGGUGUUUAAAUAGGUGAGCCAUUUUAUUGUAAAUUAACGUAUAGCUCAUCUAUUGAAACUGUUGUUAUUCUGGAUCCAUGUAGCCAUUAGAGUUUGUAAUAUGUAUAUUGCAAAGAACUUAUUUAGAUUGUUAACUUUCAUAUAAUUAUUACAAAUUAUACAAUAAAAAAAUAAAUGUUAUAACCAAAAAAAAAAUAAAAUUUAUAUAAAGGGAUAUUUUAUGUAAAAACUAGUAUUCAUUUAUAUAUAAGGAAGCAGCAUUGACCAAAUCAACAAUUAUAAGAAUCAAAAAAAUGCUUUGCUUUGGUGAAGUCCAAUUGGCAAUAAUAUACAAAUAUUUAUACACAAUUAUGCACUUACACAAACACAUAUGUUAUUCAGUACUGUGAUUCCAUAAUCAUUGAAAA